AUGGCUCUCAAGGAGAGACUCAGGACCUGGAAGAGACUCUUCUGGUUGCUGAUCCUAUUUGCACUUGGCCUCUUAGGGCUGUACCUGUAUGGGCUCCCUGUAAUCAGGCAUCUGGAAGUCCUCAUCCCCAUGGGUGUCUGCCCUUCUGCCAGAAUGGCCCUGCUGAGAGACAACUUCACGGGUCUCUUGCAUCCCUGGGCCCGGCCUGAAGUCCUGACCUGUACCUCCUGGGGGGCCCCCAUUAUUUGGGAUGGCACCUUCGACCCAGCUGUGGCCCAGCGGGAGGCUCUGCAGCAGAACCUCACCAUUGGUCUGACUGUCUUUGCUGUAGGCAGGUACCUGGAGAAGUACCUGGCGCGCUUCCUGGAGACGGCCGAGCAGCACUUCAUGGUGGGCCAGCGCGUGGUGUACUACGUGUUCACCGAGCGCCCGGACGCCGUGCCCCGCGUGGCGCUGGCCCCGGGCCGCCUCCUGCGCGUGGAGCGCGUGGCCCGCGAGCGGCGCUGGCAGGACGUGUCCAUGCAGCGCAUGCACACGCUGCACGAGGCGCUGGGCGGGCGGCUGGGCCGCGAGGCGCGCUUCGUGUUCUGCAUGGACGUGGACCAGUACUUCCACGGCGCCUUCGGGCCCGAGGCGCUGGCCGAGUCGGUGGCGCAGCUGCACUCCUGGCACUACCGCUGGCCGCGGUGGCUGUUGCCCUACGAGCGCGACGCGCGCUCGGCCGCCGCUCUGGCGCAGGGCGAGGGCGACUUCUACUACCACGCGGCCGUGUUCGGGGGCAGCGUGGCGGCGCUGCGCGGGCUGACGGCGCACUGCGCGCGGGGCCAGCGGCGGGACCGCGAGCUCGGCCUGGAGGCGCGCUGGCACGACGAGAGCCACCUCAACAAGUUCUUCUGGCUGCACAAGCCCGCCAAGGUGCUGUCGCCCGAGUUCUGCUGGAGCCCAGACAUCGGCUCGAGGGCGGAGAUCCGGCGGCCGCGCCUGCUCUGGGCGCCCAAGGAGUACGCCCUGCUGCGCGACUAGUCCCCGAACCCCCGCCGGCCCGGGAAGGGGGCCCCUGAAGCCGUCGGGGCGCCCCGGAGGGCAGCGAGAGCUUGGAUCGAAACAGCCCUGCCCGCCUGGCCGUGGGAUCGUAGCGGUGGGAGGAGGAGGCCCUGGCCUUUGGGGAGCUAGCUGUUCUACAGGAGGGAAAGGUCCCUUUCCUCCACUUUCAACAGCCACCGACAAAGCACCGCGACAGUAGCGCCUCGCAAGCUGCCCUUCACCUCUGACCUUACUGGAUUCGGCUGAUGCCUCCUGCAGAGCUGUUUUAGCCCUUCCCGCCCCGCCCCCCCCCCCCAACGCCAGCCCCCAACCCCCUUUUUGAUAAGGAGACUGAAGCACAAAAAGGGAACGUAAGUGCCUAAGGCACAGAGAAGCUGUGAGUCUGUCUGGGCGGCAGCUGGAGAGCCAGGACUGGCUCUCACUCCAAAGAGAGUAGCUUCUGGGUGAACUGGAGAAAGCUGCUGCCACAGAAGAAACAUCUGAGUCCUUGGCUUUGCUCCCCCCACCCUCAAGCAACUUUGUAC